AUGUUUGAAAAGGAAAGUGAAGCAGUAGACUUUAUUAAUAAUAAAGUGAAAAAUAUUUUCAAGAAAUAUCAAUAUGAUGUUAGUAGUCAUCAAUUAAAGAAGAAACAAUUUGAUAAAAAGAAAAUAGAAAAACCAAUUAGGACCGCAUUAGCACGAAUCAAAGACAAACUCAUACAAGCCCUAAACAAUGAAACAAAAUUUAAAGAAUUGCCUAUUAAUUCAAAACAAAAAGAAAAUGAAAUCAAAUACAACAACUAUUCGAGAAAAAAUCAAACCAAAUCAAUUAUUGAAAUUUUGGUUAAUCUGUUCGUUUGUUCAAUUAAGAAUUUCCAAUGGUGA